GUCCCGGCGGGGCCGCCCAGCCCCAGCCCAGCCCCGGCCUCCGCCACCGCCCAGCCCGGCUGCACCGGCCGGGGACACCGGGGCAUCGCCGACACCGGGAGCAUCGGGUGCACAGUGGUCCCGGGGGCCCCGGGACACCGGCCCCGCACAAUGAUCUGCGGCAGGAAGGCUCGUCCCGCCGCCGAGCAGCCCCGCUCCCCGCCGGACGGCUCCGGUGGCCCCCGCCGGGCCGGGAGAGCCUUGAAAAAAAUGGGGCUGACGGAGGAUGAGGACGUCCAGCGGAUGCUGCGGGGGUCCGUGCUCCGGAAGGUCAAGUCCCGGGGGGGCCCCAGGGAGCGACUCUUCCGCCUGCAGGAGGACGGGGCGACCGUCUGCUUCGAGAGGGGCUCCAGGCGCAGCCGCUCCCGGCAGAGCUUCUCGGUGACACACAUUGAGGGGGUGCGCGAGGGACAUCAGUCCGAGGGUCUGCGCAAGCACGGAGCCGCCUUCCCCGCGGGGCUCUGCUUCACCCUGGUCUUCAGGGGCAAGCGCAAGAACCUGGACCUGGUGGCCCGGGGCGAGGACGACGUGCGGCACUGGGUGCAAGGGCUCACCAAGCUGAUGGGGCAGCUCCAGGCCAUGAGCCAGUGGGAGAAGCUUGACCACUGGAUCCAUGGGGUCCUGCAGCGAGCGGACAGGGACAAGGACAACAAGAUGUCAUUCCAGGAGGUGAAGAGCAUGUUGAGGAUGAUCAACAUCCACAUGGACGAUGGCUACGCCUACAAGCUCUUCAAGGAGUGCGACCGCUCGGGUGAUGAGCGGCUGGAGGGCUGGGAGCUGGAGGAGUUCUGCCGGCGGCUGCUGCGGCGCCCGGAGCUGGAGGAGCUUUUUGGGCGCUACUCGGGCGAGGACCACGUGCUGUCAGCCGAGGAGCUGCGGGACUUCCUGCGGGACCAGGGCGAGGACGCCAGCCUGCACCAGGCCCGUGCCGUCAUCCACACCCACGAACUCAAUGACAUGGCCCGUCAGCAGGACCUGAUGAUGCUGGAUGGCUUCAUGAUGUACCUGCUCUCGCCCGCCGGUGACAUCUUCAACCAGGAGCACGCGCGGGUGCACCAGGACAUGGGGCAGCCCCUGUGCCACUACUUCAUCUCCUCGUCCCACAACACCUACCUGACCCGCCACCAGCUCGGUGGCACCAGCAGCACCGAGGCCUAUGUCAGGGCGCUGAUGGCGGGCUGCCGCUGCGUGGAGCUGGACUGCUGGGAGGGCUCCGAUGGAGAACCCAUCGUCUACCACGGCCACACGCUCACCUCCAAAAUCCUCUUCCGCGACGUCAUUGAGACCAUCCGUGAUUACGCCUUCAAGCAAUCGCCCUACCCUGUCAUCCUGUCCCUGGAGAACCACUGUGGGCUGGAGCAGCAGGCCACCAUGGCCCGCCACAUGAAGGCCAUCCUUGGGGACAUGCUGCUGACGCAGCCACUGGAGGGGCAGGACCCCCACAGCCUCCCGUCCCCAGAGCAGCUGAAGGGGAAGAUCCUGGUGAAGGGCAAGAAGCUGCCAGAGUCCUGGCAUCGUCCCCAGGGUGUCACCUCCCUCCAGGACCCUGAGGAGGAGGAAGAGGAGGAGGAAGAAGAGGAAGAGGAGGAGAAGCUGCAGGAGAGAAGCAGAUGGCAGUCGCUGCAGCCGCUACAGGAGGUCAAACCUAUGCAGGCCAAGGAGGCACUGCAGGUGGCCCCGGAGCUGUCGGCCAUGGUGGUGUAUUGCCAGGCUGUCCCCUUCCCCGGCCUGGCCCAGGCCCUGCGCCACACCCAGCCCUGCCAGGUGUCCUCCUUCAGCGAGAGGAAGGCACGGAAGCUCAUCAAGGAGGCGGCACACGGGUGCAGCAGGACACUGUCACCCGUGGGCGCAGGGUCCCUGCUCAGCCGUGUCCCCCCAGGCCCGGCGCUGGCCCAGUACAACGCGCGGCAGCUCAGCCGCGUCUACCCGGGCGGGCUGAAGAUGGACUCGUCCAACUACGACCCCCAGGAGAUGUGGAACGCCGGCUGCCAGCUGGUGGCCCUCAACUUCCAGACACCGGGUUACGAGAUGGACCUGAACGCCGGGCGGUUCCUGGGCAACGGGUGCUGCGGUUACGUGCUGAAGCCCCCCAGCCUGCGCAGCCCCCCCGGGGACGCAUCCCCUGUGUCCCCACACCUGGCGUUGCACAUCAGGGUGAUCACGGCGCAGCAGCUGCCCAAGCUGUCGCGGGAGACCGGCAGCUCCAUCGUGGACCCGUUGGUGCGGGUGGAGAUCCACGGUGUCCCCAGUGACCGCCAGAGCCACCAGACCCGCCACCGACCCAACAACGGGUUCAACCCGCGCUGGGAGGAGACGCUGAGUUUCCAGGUGCGGGUGCCCGAGCUGGCGCUGCUGCGCUUCGUGGUGGAGGAUCAUGACAGCACCUCCUGCAACGACUUCGUGGGCCAGUUCACCCUGCCCCUGGCCAGCGUGCGGGAAGGGUAUCGGCACAUCCAUCUGCUCUCCAAGGACGGGACGUCCCUGUCCCCGGCCACGCUCUUCGUGCACGUUCGAUGCAAGAGGCUGUGAGAUCCCCGUGGUCCUGGUCGUGUCCCCAUGUGGGGGACAACGUGGUCCUCCAUGGGGUGGGUGCCCUCCUGCACCAGAGACAUAGUGCAGGGGCAGCCUGGGGACACCGCUCGCCCAGCUGCGGUGACAGGAGGGUGUUGGGGACAUCAUAGGGGUUGGGACCCCCUCCAUGUCCCAGAGUGCCACCCCUUCUGUUGGCCUCUGUGCCCCACUCCCCUCUCUGCUUGUGACCCUGAGGGGACAAGGACGCUGGGACAACCAGGAUGGGGCGGCCAGGCCACCAAAAGCCCAACACAACCCCAGCAGGGUGAGAUGGGUGACAGCAACCCCCGAAUGUCACCACCACCGGCCACACUCGAUACCACCCGCCCCGGGGCUGCAAGGACAGUGCUGUCACCAUGAAGUCCCCAAGGGACCCUGUCACUGUGCAGUCCCCGAGGGGAUCCUGUCACCAUGCACACCAUCAUGGUGUCCAGCCCUUGUGUGGCUGGGGCCACAUCCCCAAAACCCACUCUGGCCACGGUCACACAUCUGUAUUCAGUGUCACACCAGUGGAAUAAAGGUUUUAUUGUAACAGA